AUGUGGGAAGCUCGCUCGUCCUCCUUCUGGAGGGCUAUCUUCGCCGAGUUCUUUGGCACCAUGUUCUAUGUGUUCUUUGGCCUGGGGGCUUCACUUCGCUGGGCCAUCGGCCCCUUUAACAUUCUACAGGUGGCACUGGCCUUCGGUUUGGUGGCAGCCACCAUGGUGCAGUCUCUAGGCCACGUGAGCGGUGCCCACAUCAAUCCAGCCGUCACCAUGGCUUUCUUGCUGGGCUCACAGCUCUCCCUCUUCCGUGCUGUCUUCUACAUGGUGGCCCAGGUGCUGGGAGGAGUUGCCGGGGCAGCUGUGCUUUAUGGAGUCACGCCACCGGCGCUGCGGGGUAACCUGGCACUCAACACGAUACACCCCAGUGUAAAUGUGGGCCAAGCUACCAUCGUGGAGAUCUUCCUGACCCUGCAGUUUGUCCUCUGCAUCUUUGCCACCUAUGAUGAGAGACGCAAUGGGCGCAUGGGGUCUGUGGCGAUGGCUGUGGGAUUCUCACUCACUCUUGGACACCUCUUUGGGAUAUAUUACACAGGAGCUGGCAUGAAUCCUGCCCGAUCCUUCGCCCCUGCUGUUAUCACCCGCAAUUUCACCAACCACUGGGUGUAUUGGGUCGGACCCAUAAUCGGUGGUGUGAUGGGCGGCUUCUUGUAUGACUUCAUCCUCUUCCCCCGGAUGCGCGGCAUUUCAGAACGCCUCUCUAUCCUCAAAGGGGACCGGCCAGUUGAAACCAGUGCUCCCCCAGAGCCUCCUGGGGAACCUGUUGAGCUGAAGACGCAAGCACUAUAA